AGGGGCAACAGACAGCUGACACUAGCUCACAGGUAGGCAGUGCUGAACUGAAGUCAGUGUUCAGGGUCUGCUGAGGGAUGACAAAACAGGAUUCAUUCUCCUAUUAUUGUGGCUGAUAUUUAAAUAUAGUAAAAGGACAUAUUUUUAAGUCUUUAUCUUCUAACUUUGCUGGCUGAUAAACAGGCUGAAGGAGCUGGAUGUUAUUCACCGGAAAAUAACCCUCAAACAUCAGGAAGUCGAGAUUUUACAUUCACUUCGCUUCAUCACACAGGGUGAUCCCUAAGCAAAAACAGUCUGAACCUGCUGAUGUUUGGCUGCUCGGUUAAGUUUCUCCUGAACAAGAAAAGCUCCAUCUUGCCAGUGAACUGAGCCACACAUUACUUCAGACCAGUGUAACCAGUGGGCCUUCAACCUGCCUCAUUUAUGCCAGGAGCAAACCCACUGAUUCAAGUUCCUCAAGCUCCAAAACACACUCCACAGUCUGCAGUCCGCUUCAUAUGUGCACAGCCUGGUUCAUCAACAUCUUCACAUGCAUCAGCACACUCACCAGCAUGACUUCACACCCAUCCUGCACCAAUCCGUGACCAUCCAACCUGCUCCAAUGGGAACUCAGGACAGUAGUUUCAACACGCACCCUCCCAGAUCAACAACGAGGCCCUCUUUUGCUCCGGUGACACAGAAGCCCUACAGAUCAACGAAACGAGGGAGAUGGGGCGCAGUGCAUGUCUCCAUUGCAUGGAAGAUUUAUUACCACAAACAACAUAAGAAAAUGCAGCAAAAAACCAACAGUCUCCAUCGAGAACUGACACCUGAGUAUCUGGCCACCAGUCUACCUGACACAGAACCACACAAGGAAUCAGGCCAGCCCUCCAGCACACACCUAAAUAUAGACUCUCAAUGUGGACACUGUGCAUGCACUGCAGUCAGGAGUGAAACAGAAAAAACAGCAGAAAACAUAAGCCACUUCGACAGACGUUAUCCCUCUGACCUCUCCACAUCUUCACCAGUGUCUUUCCACAGCCGUGCAACCAAAAGGGAGAAACUGGAACAGCGCCCGAACCUGCACUGGAAAGAGAAACUUGAUAAAAAGAAGAAACACGGCAGCCAACAAGUUGAAACAACAAAGGAUUUACCUCUUAAAGACAAAUCUCGGGAUCGAACGGCGACUCUUGAACUUGACGGCAGACGCAGCGGCUCCCUUGACAGGAAAAGGCAGCCAGAGAGUGACAGCUCCAUUAAAGUGAAGAGGGUGAAGCAGAAAAUUGUAGAGGACCAGUUUGAUUCUUCGAAGACUUUGCACACUGAUCCAUCUCCAUUCAGUACAACUCACACACUUCCAUCUUUACACACCAUGCCAGUGCAACACAUACACAUAAGUGAUUUAUCCGUCUUGCAUCCUAACAGCAGUAGAUGUAAUGUUACCAGAACUCCCCAGGGACUCAUCUCUUAUCCAGGAGAUAAAAUGCAUCCCUACCAAACCGCUUCAUGGGAGCCAAUGUGGGACGCUCACAAGAGAAUGGAUCUCCACUCUAGACAAAACGCCCUAACAGACCAUUCUUUGAAUACCUGCAAAGCGGUCAGGAUACCUCAUGUAGCACAGAGGCAAAAAGAGGCUUUUCAAGGUUUCUUUACACCACCUUUUUACUACCCUUAUGCUUUGAGACCGCAGAAGGCAAUUUACCUUAGAGGGAGGGAAUUUCUACACUCACGCCACGAGAACUAUCACCUCCACCAUCCUGGCUAUCUGGCAACAUCCUACAUGUGGCCCUGAGUCUCCAGUAGGGAUGCAAUGAUUACAGAUU